GCCUUUCUCACGUACGUCCCGAAACCUAUUCUCCGCAGGAACUUCCCGCAGACGAUUCCGGCCGUGAAUAGGACUCGACGCUGACCACUGCUGAGCUAGACCGCAGCCGAAGUUCAAUAUCGCUCUGACGCUUCGCUGGCACCACAUGGCGAUGUCGACAUCCGAGGGCUCGAUGUCGCACGCAGCACGCCAGUUGUGAGCGGCGCCGCUGAGGGCUUUUCUCUCUCCGUCAUCGUCUGCAGCUGCAGACGACCAUGCCCACUAUGUCUGCGUCCUCGCCUUUUCGCCACGCUCGCCCGCCGCUGUACGAGAACACGGGGAGCACGGCCCGCGACUAUCUCAUGCUCGAGCGGAAUCUGCUUACGCACCUGAAGCUUGCUUUGCUGCUCUCUGUAGUCGCAUCCUCCGUGCUUCUGAAGGCGAAGAUAGUUCCCUCGGAGGGCAAUGGUUCCUCGGAAGGCGGGAGGAGGUCUGGAUGGCUGGCCUUGGCCAGCUUUGAGUUUGCGGCCGCUUUAUUCACUAUUGGCGCUGCUGUCUGGCAAUACUUCGACGCGAGCGAAGAUAUGCGAAGAGCACGACCGUUCAUGGAAAGUAGCAGACGUUCUGCCAUAAAGCGCAAUGAAUCCCUCAUGAGUGCCGAAGCGCAGAAGCUCAUCGAAGAGAUACGCGACGGCUAUGGCUCGGGACGCAGCGCGCAGGCCAAGAUGCAGCAGGACCCCUCCCUGCAGGCGGUCAUCGGGAACCUGACGACGACGCUGGAGAAUGCGUGCAGGAACGUAUCUGAGGACCUGUACGCCAAGUCCCCCCACUUCAUCCUCGAGAUGGUGCAGAAUGCGGACGACAACAAGUACGCGGAGGGCACGAAGCCGACGCUCACGAUCCGCAUUGAGGACGAUGCGGUCACGUUCUCCUCCAACGAGCUGGGCUUUGAGCCCGCGAAUGUGCGCGCUAUCUGCAGCGUGGGCAAGAGCACGAAGAAAGGGAUGUCCGGACGAUGCUACGUUGGCGAGAAGGGAAUCGGCUUCAAGAGCUGCUUCAAGGUCGCCGACGUCGUGCACAUCGCGUCGCGCGACUUCCAAUUCAAGUUCGACAAGCGCGAAAAACUGGGCAUGAUCACACCCAUCUGGUGCACCGAUCAUCCCGUCACAAAGGGCCAAACCACCUUCCGCCUCGAGCUCUCCCCUGGCGAAUCUGGCGCCGCGCUCGCCGAACACGCCUCGAAGCUCGAACCCAGCCUCCUUUUGUUCCUCCGGCAACUGAACACCCUCAAAGUCGAGACGGCUUUGUCCGGCCAAAACCCGCAGAUCAUACACUUCAAGUACAGGACCACGAACGACCCGGACGUGAUCACCCUCACGCGGUGGGAGGAUCACAGGACGACGCGAGAUACGUACUUCAUCGUGCACCAUACUGUGCAGGGGAUGCCGGAGGAGGAGAAACGUAGGGGCAUCAACAGCACGGAGGUUACGCUGGCGUUCCCCAUCGACAAGGAGGGAGCGCCACAGGCGCGCGCAGAAUACGCGCAUGCUUUCCUUCCCUUGAGGAAGUAUGGCUUCAAGUUCAUCAUUCAGGCGGACUUCCUGACGCCAGCGAGUCGAGAGGAUAUCCUGGAGGAAAAACCCUGGAAUAUCACGCUCCGUAACGGCCUCCUCGCUGCCGUCCUUGCUGCCAUCGAGCGCUUGAAGAUCCGGGAGGCGAUGAAGUUCACCUGGUUCCGCUUCCUCCCUCUGGAGACUGAUGUCAGCAACGGCUACUUCAAACCUCUCGUGGCCAAUAUUCGACAUACGUUGGCUGCUAAGUCACUAUUUCUGUCUCAGGAUGGAGAGUACCAUACAGCAGGACAGCUGCUCAUUCUCCCUGAUUGGGCCGCGUAUCAGGAGAAGGAGGACGACAAGCAUGUCACCAAGCCCCUCAUCCCGGAGCAAUAUCUCCCAUUCGUCUGGUACCUUCACUCGUCGUAUGAUACCAGCAUCAAUGGCGACGGACCCCUACUGGAAGGGCUGCGCUUGAAGCGCAUGAACUCGGCGCAGUUCAUCAAUGCGCUUCAGGCCAUGGUCAACAAGCGCGCGCACGAAGGGCGAUCACCCGCGUGGUUCAAUGCCGUGUACGACAACCUGUAUCGUAUCUACGAUGAGCCUUCGAACCCCAACCAGAAGAGAGGGAGGAAGUCGUAUCCCUACCAAACACCAAUCGAGGCCCUCAAGCUUAUCCCCCUCAGCGACGGCACCUGGGCCAGCAAAGUGGACGGCCUGAAGAUCUAUUUCGACUUUAACCUUGGCGAUAUCCCGGACGACCUUGGACUUUAUCGCCUGCGGCCCAGUACCGAUCUGUCCUUUGUCCCGCGCGCUUUCUACCAUCGGAUGGGGGUGCAAGCCGCGAAACCGGCCGACAUUGCAAAGCAACUGAUAGAGAGGCAUCGCCAUAACCCUCCCACUGAGCUGGCUGCCUUGAUCAAGCACGCGCGGUUCCUCUUCACUCAUCGCGAGACUGUGCUUGGGGCUGUGAGCCUCGGUCAUCUUCGGGUCAUGGACUCGCGGGGUGACCUCGGACACGGGAAAGACAUGUACCUGCCAGGAGAGUCCUCCGGCCGAUUGGAAAACGUCUUGCCCUCACCGCCCGCGCGCUUCCUCCACACCGCAUACAUCGAGCAGUAUUCCAACGACCCGGCCCUGCAGAAAAAGUGGCUCAAAUGGCUCUCCGAUGUGAGCAACGGCUUGGGCCUUCACACCUCGCCGCGCGUCACCGCGGACGGCAAGCUUUCCGAGGAGGCGGCCCUCAUGCUCGAGAAAGUCAACACCCGCCAGCUGCUCGCCAUCCUCAAGCGCCACUGGUCAGGCGACCGCGGCUCGACGAGGCUCUCCCGCGACGCGCAGACGCAGAUAUCAAACACGCUCGUGGAGUGCGGCGGCGUGCAGGUGCAGUUGCGCCAGACGUAUAUCAAGCGCAACUCGCUAGCGGACGAUACGAGUGGGUUGCCGUUUCUGCCGCUGGACGAGCCGGAGAACCCGGAGUGGGAUUUUCUGAGGCGAUUCGGAGUGUCGAGCGAGAUUAACGGGUCGUUCUAUCUGAGGCAGUUGAAGGGGCUGCAGAGUCAAGGGGAGGCGUUGAGUGAGGAGGAUAUGAACGCGCUGUAUAGGCAGCUGGAGACGAGGUUCAAUGACGAUGCCGUCGCCAUUCGGGAGGCAUUCCACACCUUACCGCUCAUCUACAACUACAAGAAGAAGGAAUGGUGCGCGUUCGCCGAUGCCGUUUGGACAGGACCGGCGAACAUGCGUUUCAAGACCGCGGUGCAGACGCUGUAUCCGCACCAAGAGGCCUUCUACUGCCGUUGCCUUCAACUCGCCAAACCCUCGCAUGCGGACUUGAUCGUCAACGAGGUCAAGCAGCUCGUCAGUCAGCUCCGCGACGAAAACCUUGCGGAAGGCAAGCUGAAGGAGAUGAUCGACCUCCUCACCGAAUUAUCGCGCUUCAUCCACAAGAAUCCGGAGGAAGUGUCGACGGCGACGAGUCCUUUGCACGCGCUGCGCAGCGAGCCUAUUUUUCCCGUCCGCCUACCCGACUCUGGGGACGUGGCUCUUCGACGAGUCACUGAUCAGCCUUUCUACGUGCCGGACGCUAGCGAACAGUUCAUGCAUCUCUUCGAUCAGUUUGUGCCUAUGCUUGCUAUCAGCUCCGUCCAGCACACCAAGAUGCGCGCCCUAUUAGAGUGCAAGAUCUUUGACGGCCUUGUCAGGCUUGAAGAUGCUGUUCAAACGGAGAAUCCCGUUCUUUUGAAGAAACGCAGAGACGACAAGCUGACGAAGAGCUAUCACGCCAAGCGCGAAUACUUUGUUAGAUUCUGUUUCGCGCACCAUGGCUAUAAGCCCCCAAAGCAAGUCAAGGACUUCCUCUGUCGCCUUAAGAGCUUCAAGAUCUUUGUCGCUGAACACGUUGGGCUCACGUAUUCUCUCGGCGACGUCAAGCGAACAGUAGAGGCGGAGAUGUACUUCAACGAGAAGCAGUUCUUUGUCUACCUGGACAAGCGCCAGGUCGUGCCGGCGUAUAAUCACCAACUGCACAUCGCGGGCAAGCUUGCUUCUCUCUUCGAGAUGAACGAAAUGGACGUCAUGUUCGUUAUCCAAAACGCUUCAGGCGCUUUGGACCAGCGCUGUCGCAAUCAGAAGAUACCAUCCCUCGACGAUGACGCGUUCGAUAGCUUUGAGUGGCUGAGGGAAGCCAACGACGAGCAGUCGGGCGACGAUUCGGACGAGCUCGAGGACGAGGAGGAUGCACCUGCCGCCACGCAGGCUGGUGGGUCGCGCACUACAACGCAGCGUGGACGCCCGAAGCAGUCCCAGCGCACGCAGCGUGUUCCCUCCUCCAGCAGGUCCGCUUCGCCAGAGGCACCAGCGCCGACGCAAUCCGCACGACGUCGCUCAGGGCAGACCCAGCCCGUGCAUCCGCUCCCGACGCCGCGCCCGUCCACACAGCCAACGACGCCGGGCGCGGUUGAGGACGAGCUGGAAGAGGAGGAGGAGGAGGUGCAAGAAGACCAGUUUGGCGAGGACGACAUCGAGAUGCUUGCGCGAGGAGCAAAGGCGAACGCGCACCUCGUUCGUCAACAUAUGCGUGAUCGCAGCGGCCGGCGACGGGGUGUGAAGCGGAAAGCUGCGCAAGACUUGUCGGGGUCCGCGGCGAAGCGGGCGCGAGAGGAAGGCGAUGGAAAUGGGCAGGGCGGUGCUUCGGGGUCGGCAGCCGGGGCGGAUGCGAAGGAUGAGGAGGAAGAGCCGGACGUUGAGAUCGAGGUUGAGGAGGAUGAGCUGGAUGAGGAGGAGGACAGCAUGCAGGUCGACCCGAUUGACGACAUACCGGACGACGCACCACAACGAGUCAUUGACGUUAUGGGAGAGCAUUAUGUCUUCUCCCUCUUACUUACCAUCCUGCCUCAGUUUGGCGCGGAAAACUGGACAUCCGCAAGACGUGGGCACAUACCCGAUUUCGAGCCGUACGAGGGGGACGCCGUUGGGAACAUCACGUACAAGGACGUCCAGGGCGAGCUCACCCGCUACCUGCGCGGUGGACAGGAUGUACCGACGUGGGCGAAUGCGUACCCGACGUACCAUAUACUCGUGAAGACGACGACGGGGGCGCACGAGACGCCGUUCACGUUGAGUGAGCGGGAGGUGGCGGCGGCCAUGGAUAUGUCGAUGCCAGUUGGGGAGGAUGCGGUACCGACGGACCUUCUGGUAGUCAUGCGGGUUUCUGGCCCUCGAGGCAGCCAGAAGCUGCAGGCAAUCGUCACCCGACUAUUGCACGACGACUGUACAGGCUAUCGGAAGGAUUUGUAUUUUGUUCAGUACAAACGACACAGCGGGCACAACCCAGAGUCCGAUAGCGACAUGACGAACGGCUCUCUCCCCAGCACGAAACCCAAUCCGAUGGUAUACCGGAGCUUGCUAUGCAAGGACGAAGAUGAAGGGGGAGAGAAGAAGGGUCUACCCGCGGAUCUCAAAUACUCGCUGCGCAAGUUCCGCGAGCUUGAUUUUCGGUGCAAUCGCGGGGACGAGGUCGAGGUGGGAGAUCCAGACGCGCCGCUGCCUGGGCCGGAUGAUGAGAGGUUCGAGGUGUUGAUGGGCGCAGGCUUCAUGGGCGUGGCGGGGGUGGACAUGGUGUUCGUCAUGGCGCUUAGGCUGGUCGUGUGCGCGCUCGGACUGGGCGCGGGCUGGUCUGGACUGGGGAUGGUCGGAUGCACUGCGCGAGGAUGGCUAAACCAAGGAUGA